AUGAAGAAAGUGUGCUGGAGCUAUGCCCUGAAACUGGCGCACAAGGACACAAAGGUGUCGAUCAAGGUGGGAUCAACAGCUGUUCAGGUGACCUCUGCUGAGCGAACGCGUGUACUGGGACAGCCCGUUUUCCUGAAUGACAUAUACUAUGCUUCAGAGAUCGAGGAGAUAUGCCUGGUGGAUGAGAACCAGUUCACAUUGACCAUCGCUAACCAGGGCACCCCUCUCACGUUCAUGCACCAGGAGUGCGAAGCCAUCGUUCAGUCCAUCAUCCACAUCCGCACACGCUGGGAGCUCUCCCAACCGGACUCCAUUCCCCAGCACACCAAGAUCAGGCCUAAAGAUGUUCCUGGCACCCUGCUCAACAUCGCCCUCCUCAACCUGGGAAGCUCUGACCCCAGUCUGAGGUCAGCUGCGUACAAUCUCCUUUGUGCCUUAACCUGCACCUUCAACCUGAAGAUUGAAGGCCAACUCCUGGAAACAUCUGGCUUGUGCAUUCCAGCCAACAACACCCUUUUUAUUGUGUCCAUUAGCAAAACGCUAGCAGCUAACGAGCCCCACCUCACUCUGGAGUUCCUGGAAGAGUGCAUCUCUGGCUUCAGCAAGUCAAGUAUUGAGCUGAAGCAUCUGUGCCUGGAGUAUAUGACUCCUUGGCUGCGUAAUUUGGUGCGCUUUUGUAAACACAAUGACGAUGCCAAACGGCAGCGUGUCACGGCUAUCCUGGACAAACUCAUUACUAUGACCAUCAAUGAGAAGCAGAUGUACCCCUCCAUACAGGCGAAGAUAUGGGGCAGCUUGGGUCAGAUCACAGACCUGCUUGAUGUGGUGUUGGAUAGCUUCAUAAAGACUAGUGCUACUGGGGGUUUGGGAUCCAUCAAGGCUGAAGUGAUGGCUGACACAGCUGUAGCUCUGGCUUCAGGAAACGUCAAGCUGGUGUCCAGCAAGGAGACUAAACAGGUGCUGCGUCUGAGUCUGACUGAGUUCUCCCUGCCCAAGUUCUACCUGCUGUUCGGCAUCAGUAAAGUCAAAUCUGCGGCGGUCAUCGCCUUCCGCUCCAGCUACAGAGACCGCUCGUUCUCCCCCGGCUCUUAUGAGAGAGAGACCUUUGCUCUGUCUUCCCUGGAAACGGUUACAGAGGCUCUUUUGGAGAUCAUGGAGCACUUCUUUUAUGCCCGUUACAUGCUCAUGCUUUCCUUCAACAACUCUCUGGAUGUGGCCGCUCAUCUGCCCUACCUGUUCCAUGUCGUCACCCUGCUGGUGGCCACCGGCCCGCUGUCACUCCGAGCGUCAACGCAUGGCCUCGUUAUCAACAUCAUUCACUCGCUCUGCACCUGCUCACAGCUCAACUUCAGCGAGGAGACUAAACAGGUGCUGCGUCUGAGUCUGACUGAGUUCUCCCUGCCCAAGUUCUACCUGCUGUUCGGCAUCAGUAAAGUCAAAUCUGCGGCGGUCAUCGCCUUCCGCUCCAGCUACAGAGACCGCUCGUUCUCCCCCGGCUCUUAUGAGAGAGAGACCUUUGCUCUGUCUUCCCUGGAAACGGUUACAGAGGCUCUUUUGGAGAUCAUGGAGGCCUGUAUGAGGGACAUUCCCGGAUGCAAAUGGUUGGAUCAGUGGACUGAAUUGGCACAAAAGUUUGCAUUCCAGUAUAACCCAUCUCUUCAACCUCGGGCGCUGGUGGUGUUCGGUUGCAUCAGUAAACGUGUGACUCAUGGACAGCUCAAACAGAUCAUUCGUAUUCUCAGUAAAGCCAGUCCUCUGCUCAGCAUUGAUCGGGGGCUGGAGAGCUGCUUAAAGGGGCCGGAUAAUUACAACAGCCAGGUUCUCAUUGAGGCCACCGUCAUCGCUCUCACAAAACUACAGCCUCUCCUCGAUCAGGACUCUCCCAUGCAUAAAGCUCUGUUCUGGGUGGCUGUGGCUGUACUUCAGUUGGAUGAAGUGAAUCUUUAUUCUGCUGGUACCGCCCUUCUGGAGCAGAACCUGCACACACUGGACAGCCUCCGGGUGUUUAAUGAUAAGAGUCCUGAGGAGGUCUUCAUGGAGAUCCGGAAGCCUCUGGAAUGGCAUUGUAAACAAAUGGACCAUUUUGUGGGACUCAACUUUGCCUCCAACUUUAACUUUGCAUUAGUGGGGCACUUACUCAAAGGAUACAGGCAUCCCUCUUCCACCACUGUGGCGAGGACAGUCCGUAUUCUUCAUACGCUCCUGGGCCUUGUGGGAAAACACCGCAGCUGUGACAAGUUUGAGGUGAACACGCAGAGUGUGGCCUAUCUGGCAGCUUUGCUCACAGUAUCUGAGGAGGUGAGGAGCCGCUGCAGCCUAAAGCACAGGAAGUCAUUGCUGCUCUCAGACGUUACCAUGGAGAACUUUCCCAUGGAUGCAUACUCCGUGUACGACACAGAGCCUGGAUGCAGGCUGCUGCGUGAAAACCAGCCCUGGGCUUCUCCAAAAGUGUCAGAGCGCAGUCUUGCACCUCCGUACUCUGCCAUGGGGCAGACCAGCCUUCGCCCACGCAAAUCCAUGAGUGUAGACAUGGGCCAGCCGUCGCAGGCCAAUGCGAAGAAACUUCUGGGUAUAAGCGGUACUAGAAAGAGUUUUGAUCACCUAAUUUCGGACUCAAAAGCCCCGAAGAGACCAGACAUGGAGUCGGGCAUCACCACGCCUCCAAAGAUGAGACGGGUUUCUGAAAAUGACUAUGAGAUAGAAACUCAGAGAAUAGCCAACUCCCAUUUACGCAAAGUUUCUGUGUCUGAGUCCAAUGUCCUCCUGGACGAGAACGUUCUCACAGACCCGAAGAUCCAGACGCUGCUCCUCACUGUACUGGCAACACUGGUGAAGUACACUACAGAUGAGUUUCAUCAGCGGAUCCUGUACGAGUAUUUGGCUGAGGCCAGUGUGGUGUUCCCCAAGGUCUUUCCAGUAGUCCACAACCUGCUGGACUCCAAGUUAAGCACCGUCCUUUCCAUGUGCCAGGACCCCAACCUCCUGAACCCCGUCCACGGCAUCAUUCAGAAUGUGGUCUAUCAUGAGGAGUCUCCUCCUCAAUACCAGCCAUCCUGCUUGCAGAGUUUCGGUUUCAACGGCCUUUGGAGGUUUGCCGGGCCCUUCUCAAAGCAAACCCAAAUUCCAGACUAUGCCGAGCUCGUGGUUAAAUUCCUAGAUGCUUUGAUCGACACUUACCUUCCUGGUAUUGAAGAAGAAGGAGGGGAGGAGUCACUGCGCACGCCCACCUCUCCGUAUCCACCCACGGUUCAGAGCCAGCUCAGCAUCACGGCCAACCUCAACCUGUCCAACUCCAUGACAUCUCUCGCCACCUCACAGCACUCACCAGAGGGCCCUAUAGUUUAUAGACGGUCCCCAACUCUCUCCCAUCCACGAACCACAGAGGAGGUGCCACCGAAAACAGCUGCCUGUCUGCCUUGCUCUAAGUCGGCCGUAUUCCCACCUCACCUCGUCCUCCCAGGAAUUGACAAGGAGAACGUUGAGAUUUCUCCCACCUCGAGUCUCUCCACCAGUGGGCGAACGCGACACGGGUCAGCCAGCCAGGUGCAGAAGCAGCGCAGUGCAGGCAGCUUCAAACGGCCAAGCAUCAAAAAGAUCGUCUGAGAAGAUUUGAAGCAUUUCUACCUACUCCGUGGCCAUCGUUCUUCUCCACGAAUCCUUUUUGCUUUCCGUCGUCCAGUUAACAAGGUUCCUGCAUUGAAGAACCGCUUAAGUGUUUGUUUUUUAAUACCAGUUGAAGCUUGCCACACACUUGCCUAAAUGAACUACUUCAGGAGAAUGCACUGAACUCUCCGUGUUGCACUCAACAUCGAAAAUGUCUUGGGACUGACCACAUUGAAAUGCUAAAUCUGACCAUGUUGAGGCGUCCACUCUUCGAUUUUGCACAAACUUGAGAUUAUGUCCUCAUCGAUUUCUGAAAGAAACACAUGAAUGAGAAACUGAUCUGAUCAGCCACUACAACAAACAGAUGACCAACCCUGUGGAGACUCGCAGGAUCUUUAUCCUGCCCUGGUAUCCGUCCUUUUUCCAUUUAGUCCCGGACCUGCUUCGGGAUGGACGCGCGGCCUGUUCUGUUCUGAUAUCCACAGGCUUGAAAUCUUGAUCACGAUCCAAGAUUAUCUGUGUACUAUACUAUUGACGAUAAUAACGAUCACAUGUUUUGGGUUCUUAUUUUAUCCAUUGUGUGCCUUUGUCAGGGUUUUCAGCUGUGUAUAGUUUGUAAAAUAGGAAGGGAAAACAGGUACUAAUUAUGAAAACGUGUUGCGGCUUUAACAUUUACCAUAUUGUCCAUUCGUCGCUACAGUGUAAACAGUACCAUGUGACCAUCAAAUAUGAGAAUAUCAUAUUGCAGCAUCUAAAUAUUUAUUCUUAAAAUGUAGAUAAUCCUUCCGGAGAUCACAUGAAGGUUUGCUUUGGGAUCGUUAUCAUCAGUCGUCGCAAAAAUUAUUCUAGAAGAGCAGCGGAUGAGUAUGUAUCCGUAUGUAGUUUUUUUUUUUUUUGGUCCCAAAAUGCACAAAUCAAACAUGUCAAAUUGGCAUUAAUAUUCAUGUUUUAGCAUUGUCUCACUGUGGUGCAAUAUGUUUUUUUUAAUUUGUUUCGUUGAACACUAUGUGUGUAUACAAGUUACACACGAUUAAACUGUGUGUUCAGGAAAUAUCUGCACACUUUUACCUUUCCCUGUUCCCAUCUCACUAACAGCUCUCAAAUACGGAACAGGAAUCCCAUCACAAGCUGACAUAGUAACACUGCACCAAAGACAAGUUUGCAAUAUUGUGAGGGGAAACUGUUGUGAACUCCAUUUUGUAUAUUUUUAUGUCUGUCUUGUCUAUGUUGUAUGCCUUAACUAAUUAUUUCUUCCAUACAGUUCUCACUAACUUUGUAACCAUGUUUUUGGUGUUUCAUUUCAUUUUCUCACUCGCCGCCUGACCAGUGAAUUGCAAAAUUAACCACAAUUGUGCCAUUUAAGUUUGAAUUAACAUGCCAUUAUCAGGGCUUCAGUGUAUUAAACGUACAAUGGCCGUCAAAACUGAAGUGGGCGAUUUUUGUGUGCAAUAUGUUCUCUGCAUUACUUUUUUUUGUUUUUUUGUUAUUACUUAGAUCGGCAAAUCUACAAGGCGAAAACGGUAGUGUACCUAGUAACAGACUCAAAGUACAUGAUGUGUUUGCUCUCUUUGAAAUGCUUAUUAAAGGGAAACUUGUAUUACUAAAGAAGGGUACCUGCCAAAUGUUUUGAGGAUGGGAUAUUUAUGCAUAAUUUUAUGUUUCUGAAAAGAUUGCAUUGAAAUACACAUGAGCACCAGAUGUUUCACACUUAAAAUUGGGACCAAAUCGAUGUCAUUCUUCCAUUUCAUUUGUAGAUUUAUUUUACAUUUCCGAUGGUUUUACCACAUACUAUCCAGCAGAUCCAAAAAUGUACUUUCAUACUGACUUUUGGUCAUUUUUUAAGUAUUUACUGUGAAAUAUCAUCCCAACAGCAGAUUUCAGAUGACUGUUUUAUGAUCAAAAAUGAAACCUGAAAUGUUUAUUCCUGCUCUAUAUGUCGUAAUGACGAAUUUCACAUCAGUCCAUGUCAAAUUUACAGUUUUUAAUAUAAAUUGAAAAUAUAAAGGAACAUAAAUGACCCAAUCAAGUGUUUGAAGUGUAAGAUUUGUCUUUUUUUUUUUUGCAUCCAUUACGCUAACCAGAAUAUAACUCCUUUUUCUUGAAUCUUAUAUGUUGUUGCAUUGCUACUACCAAUCUAGAACUGACCUAAUCCAAUGUCAAAACUUUAAGACAAUAAUGAAGGCACAGUCUUGACUGCCAUGAUGGCGAAUAGGACACAUGACAUGCCCCUAAGCCUUUUAAAUUGAGUAUGUAAUUAUUAGUCUUAUAUACUCAUCAUAAACAGACUAAAAAAGUGGUUUAUUUUAUAUAAUUCAAGAUGUGUGUUUGUCUGAUGCAUUUGCCACAUUUUUAAUUGCAUUGGUCAUCUGUAAACAAUGUAUCUGUCACCUGUAAAUAUGUUUGUGUAAAAUUGGAAGGUAUAUAAAUACAAGUGUAAAUAUAUGAUAUUGUAUUACUUGCUUUUUUGUAAAGCGGUUAGUUGCUGUACAUGUAUAACAUGGCAAUUUAAUUAUACCAGUGUUCGUAAUAAAAGUUUCCCUCAACCCUGUUA